AUGGGAGGGCACGUCUUGGUUCUUGGAAAGGUUCCCAGGUUGUUAGCCGCUACGCUUUUCUUGUACUUUUCUACUAUUACUCCUUUCAUUCAAGUGGUUGCAAAUAAGCGGGGAAAGACAUUAACAAUAGGAGGCUUUUAUGCAUCUGGUGAAAGGACAACUUUUCAGAAUGCUUCAGGUAUCCUUAAAACAGUGGAGCAAGCUCUUAGAUUCAUCAAUGAACGAUCACAAAUUCUACCUGGUUACAAGCUUGACAUCAAAUGGCGGGAUACCAAGGUAGGCUGUGCUUUGUGAUUUUUAAAACAUGCGACAGAUAGAGUAUGUGUAUGAAAUGUUUGUUUUUGGCCAUGACGAUAUUGAAAUUUUACCAUUCAAGCCAGCUGGCUUCAUUUGAAUAUUGAAAGCGAACUCUUGACUUCAAUACUUGAUCCGGAUUCUAAAUACUAAAAGUUGAAGCUACCCUAUGUAGCAAUAUAAACAGUACCAUAGGGCAACGCUAACUUAGAAUCCAAUUCAAAUAUGAAUAGUAAUUGAACUGAGUCAUUAAUCUAAACUAAGAUGACUACCAUCCAUCUGCCCAUUUAAAACUUCAGGUCUUUUCUUUUACUUUCCAUUUUAUAAACAGCUGGCAAAAAACGAAAAUCUUUUUUUAGUCCUUCUUACGUGGGUCAUGCUUUUUUUUACUUCCCAUCGAUGUUUUAUCUCGAGUUAGCAGAUUUUCUAUUAUCUCCUCAACCUUUUUCAUCUGUUCUUAUUUCCUAACUGAAAGUCUAGUGAUCCGAAAAUUAUAGGGAUCAAAACUGACUUUUCGAAAAUUUCAGCCAGAAAAAAAGGUCCCCGAAAAUUCUAGGUGACCUUUUAGGGUAAAAAAUCCGUUAAAAAUGGGCAAUUAUACCAUUUUUUAGAUGUUUGAAAAUCCUAGGAGAGGAAGGCAAACAAGAAAGUUUACAACAAAAAUUCUGAAAAUUCAAGAUCUCAAAUCGUCUUCCGAACAGAUAUUUUCCAAAAACUGACGUUGGGUGCCCCUGAGUUGAGUUCUCUUGUUUCCAUGAAUUAUAACGGGGAAAAAAUUUUACAUUUUCAUUUCUAAAUACGGCUACAAAAUGGAACGUAAGGUACUCGGUAUUGUAAAGUUCUUCGCUUACUAGCUUUGAAGCAAAAUAUCUUUAUCCCAGGCAUUUUUUCCAAGUCAAACUUCAACAAAAUAGACGUGCACCAAGUUUGAUACUUGACGAAUGAAACGUGCAGAUAUUUGACUAGCUGGAAGAAAAAUGAGUGCAUUAUCUAUAAAACAAUCAAACUCGGAACUCAGUAUUUGACCGGUUAAUCAUGCCAUUUUUCAGGAACCUAUCAGUCUUCGGCCCAAUGGUAUCCAUAUUCACUUCUUCACACCCUAGAGCGCCCACUCAAUCUCACGCUCAUGUCUUACUUAAGUUUAUUAUGGGCAGGGUAAAACCGUUAGUGUAGUUGGGCGUUGUUCUGUUCUAAUAUGGUAGAAUGACGUCAGUCUAAUAGCGGUAAUGGACUUUUAUCACUAAUAUAUGAGCACCUGUCAUACACAGUCAAUAUAUGCCCGCAACUGGGCUGAUUGGGAAUGCUAUGGCCAAUCAGAGGGGGCAGGGAAAGCGUAACUGGGCUAAUCCGCACUCGAACGAGACACUUGCAACUGCUGCCAAGCGCGGGAAUUUAAACAAAUGCGACCAAGCCGCAGAUGCAGUGGAGUCAAUAGGGCGGGGAUGAUUUACAUGAAUAUCAUGAAGGAAAAGUAUUACCACCACUAUUCUAGAAUAAAGUUUAUGGCGCCUAACAAUGGUCUUAUUUUACGCGACGGCUUAUUUUAAUACUUUUUAUUUUUUUUAGUGCCAAAUGGGACCGGGUGUCCAGGCGUUAUUUCAGCAUAUUAACGAGCCACCGACAAAAAUCAUGCUUCUUGGAGGAAUAUGCAGUACAGCUACCUUGCCUAUCGCCGAGUGCUCACAUCUUAUGAAUCUAAUACAGGUAUAGUACAUUGAAAGAAACAGAGAGGGUAGCGUGCAGCACGCGCGUGAUCAGCGAAUUCGGACUCGAGUCAGCAGGCCGUCCAGCAGGUUAGAGUCUCUUUCUGACAACUAGCUGGAAACAGAGCUCAAAUGCUUUUAAAUAACUUAUUGAUUGCCUCCCGCCAGUAGAGGAUUUUUUAUCGUGUUUUGUUAUAUAAUGAUAUUUGUAUUAUUUGUUUCGAAUUGUUUGAGCAGCUAGGUGCACUAAUCCACAAAGUUUUCAUCCAUCUACCAUCCUAGUCAAGAGAUUCUAAAUUUGGGCAAGGAAUCUUUCGACCUUUCCGCACAGGCGUCAGCUGGAACACCUACUGUCAGCGGACUUCAAGUCAAUUUGGUCACAUGACUACAAGUGGUUGACAAUAACGGGUAGUUGGUAUCUUAAUCUCCUUUAAAGGAAGUUAUGCUCUAAAUAUCCAGAUCUGAGAGCAAUAGUUAGGUUUGUUUCUUUCGACCCUUGAGACUACGCCACAGACGGAACUUAACUUCGGGUUAAGUCCGUCUGCGAAACAGAGCCGAAAUCCUUGUCCUUCCCCCCCCUUCAGGUAAAUUAAGGCAUGGGUCCCCAAUGAUUCAGUCAAAAAGUGAUGGGGAGUGGUCUAUCUCUGAGCACUUAAGCAGUAGGAAGAUGAGACUUCGCCAGAUACAUACAUGUGUGGUUUCUGUCAAUUAAACGAUUUUCAAUUAUGCAAAUGUUGUCACGUGACUCCACACGGCCAGAAAACAAUAAAAAGUCUUUAAACAAAAACGGCAACACUUUUUGUUGUGAGUUCUUAAACCGGACUGGUUUAGGACAAUGUGUAAUGCAAGCAUCUUCAAAACUGUGCUUGGCCUUUUUUGAACUUUUUACUGUUUUCAAAAAUAAACGGCUUUUUUAACUAGACCCAGUCCCCCAAAACAAUUGUAUCCCAUCUUAACGCCUUCGAUUUUAAACAUCUAAAAAAGGCCAAGGACAGAAGUGAUAUAUUAAAAGGCCUUAACAUUAUGCAACCGAUCAAAUAAUUGAGGACACACGAAAAAAAGUUGCCGUUUCAAGAACAGGCUUUUUCAGCCGAUGGAGGUCACGUGACCUAAUUUGCAUAAAUUCAAAGCACGAAAUUGACACAAACUAAAAAAGUGGCCAGCUGGCAAAGUUUUAUGUCUUUUCAUCUAGAGCUCUUAGAUACAAACCACCCACUCAUUUUUGAAAAGAGCAAAUUAAGGCAAAUUGAGGCCCAUGCCUUAAUUUACCUGAAUAGCCAUACACAGCCAUACCCCCCCUACUCCCCCGGGUUUGAGUACGCGCCAUGAUUGGACUUUACAAAAUGCCAUUGUCAUAUUUCCCAAUCAGGUUGAAGGGAAACUCGAAAUACAUUUGUGGUAAUUCAUUGAGCCCGUUGGUGGUUCAGAACAAGGAUUUCAGUGCUGCGUUGCAGACGUCACUAACGGGGCCUCGCAGAUUACGUCUGCGAGGCAGGCUAUUGAGACUCGAGGGAAAUCAAAAUGCACAGAAAAUAUUCUCGGCUAUGUUGAUUCUGUGACAAAAGAAAACCUUUGUUAUAAAGAAAAAAAUUUUGGAUAUCAGCACUUUGGAAUUGCUUUGCGGACCUCAACCUUGACGGUCCCAGUCCAUAAAAUUCACUUCUGGUCAAUAACGCAUGAUAUAUUAGACCUAGGUGUACGCGAUUAUCCACUGACAAAGACUGUCUUGUUCAUUCGUAUUCCCAGGUUAGCUAUGGCGCGGCCUCGGCCUAUCUCUCAGACAAAGAAAAAUACCCUCUGUUCUUCAGGACAAUUCCGCCUGAUAAAGCGCAAAACCUAGGUCGCCUUGCCAUCCUGAAACAUUUCAAUUGGAAAAAGGUUGCUAUUAUAACGGAAUCUGAGUCUUAUUACCAAGCUGUGAGUAUUCCCUGUAAAAAACUGAAGUCAUUUUUAUUUAGUUUUCCAUUUCUACAUUUUGUCCUCCGGCAAAUGCUCAGUGUCAGCUUAGUUUUCCAAACCAACCAGAAAGAAAGCCAAAACCACAUCAAAUAUACCUUAAGGAAGGUGAAAUGCUUUCAUCCCGACCAGGUCAUAACAAAAAGUGCCCACAUUCAUAACAGUGGAAUAACUGAAGUGACUACCCACAAAAAAAUAUCAAGAUUUGCUAGCAACCUUUGGAUAGAGAGGUCCACACAACACGUACACGUACACAUGUAUUGUCUGUUUGUUUGUUUGUUUGUUUGUUUUUUUCAAGAUUUAUUAAUAUUGUUAUUGUUAUUAUUCAAAGUCGGGCCUAGCACGUGCUUGGCUAGAGCCUUUUCCACCAUUCCACCACCUCCCACCCCUUCUCUUAUUGAAGGAAACAAAUAAAGAUCAAACAGAAAUUACGUUUUAAAUUUGUAUCGUGUGUAUCGUGAUGACGUUUCUUUAAAGGCUUACGAUAGUCUCAAGACAUUACUGGCGGAAAAUAACUUGUCAAUCAUCGUCCACGAAUCCCUUGGUGAGGGAGAAGAAAGCCAUCAAUCGUCCAUUAAAGUAUUGAAGGUAAUCAAAUAAUAAUUGGUAAAUUGCAGUUGUAACGACCAAGUUAAAAUAGAGCGAGCACUAGGAGUUCGCUAUGGUGAAAUCAUAUUUAAGAACAGGAUAAUUGAUAAAAAAAAAUACGAAUCCAAGAGUUCGAAUAUGGAAGCAACUUAUGACUGAAGGUAGGUAAAACAGGCAACGAAAACUGAAACUGGCUCCGCAACAUUGCUGCAAAACGAACGAACUGAACAGCGAUGUUGCGCUUUUUACCACGCACUUCUCAGGUUGCGCAGAGUUGUUGCAUAACUGAGUAGAGAGUAGUUCUACUUUUUGCAACCAAAUCUGUACAUGUUGCGCGUUUUACCGGCCCAAGGCAAACUUGUCUUGCAGCAAAUGACGUAAAUCUUGUGUAUGGCUUGACUCCCGCGUAAUGUUAUCCAAUCAGAAGUCAGUAUUCACGCAACUUGCAACAAUCUCACUUGUUGCAAGACAUGAUUGAACGGGGGUUAGUGGCAAAACGCGAAAAAUAGUCCAGUUUCGAAUUAAAAAUCACCGCUGAAUACAAACAUUAACGACUCAUUCGAUACAGGGUUAGCUUCGACGUAAACUAAAAUAUUCAGAAAUUCUGGCAAGUAAGUGUUUGAAAUUUGAAUAUACACAAUAGACAGAGUAAUAAGCAGGUCUUUUUCUCGUUGGAAUUUGUUUAUAUAUUACUUCAGAUGGAGGCUAAGGCUGUAAAAAAUGCGUCCUCACUUCUUUAAUUCAGCGGUCACAGCGAACUCGAAAAUGGGCUAUUGUUUUUCAUGCAGUUAGUUUUGCAGCAAUGUUGCAAAAGAAGUUGCACGAUUUUGUCGCCCUUUUUACCUUAGCAUUAGUUUGCGAGACAUUCUUCUUUCAACAACCAACAAUAACAACGCACAAUAGACAUUGUGAUACAUGUGGGAUUUCCCCAAGCAUUUUGACAUUCACUGCGUUGAAAUUUAAGGGAGCUGUGUCACGAAAUUCAGCAAAUUAGGUUAUUGCAAAAUGCCCGUUUAAAUUAAAAGAAACGUAAAAAUAACCACUUAAAACAUUAAAGGAAGGUUAAAAUAACACAACAGAUACAACAGCUGCCACGGAUGGGCAAAACUGAAGACUGAAACGGAUUGAAAUUAGGGUUUCAUGAAAACUCUUCAGCCUAACAGUUUUUCAAAGUUUAUCUCUGCUGUUUGCAGCUUCAAAAAUAAUGCUCAGGGGACAUAUUUUUUGCUUGUCUCUAAUCUCUGAUUUUGUCAUUUACAUGUAAUUUCUUUGCCUACUUUAAGUUCCAUAGCGAUUGAGGGCGAGUAAUUGGUAAAAUAAAACAAAAUGAACUGGACUGCCGUGACACAGCCCCUUUGAGCACGGUCCGUAGUAGUUUCCUUGAUCAAACGCCAUUACUUUAUGUUAAUGCACACUGAGCGCAGGAUUACGUCACAAAGGGUCUGAAAUGACGUCAUUUGCACGUUUGCGUCACUUGAAUUUGAAACUGCCAGGUUUUGUUUCCUCGUGAAGAUUGUUUUUUAAUCCUCACUGGAACGGAAUGGAUUGUGGUAACUGUACCAAAAUGAUGUCGUAGUGGAAAUGUCCUCUUGCAAUGGAAGGUGAGUGACACACCUUAAAUCUUAAUUUGUUUCCUUCUCGCUUUAUUUUGGAUGUUACAGGAAAGAGAUGCACGGGUGAUAAUUGGACUUUUCUCUGAAGAAAAAGCCAUUGAGUUAUUUUGCCAGGUAAUAAAUCGACUCAAACUGUUGAAACUUUGUGGAGAGGCAAGGGAUAGUUUCAUUUUAUAGAUAAACCCGGGCUGGAGUGUUUCCUCCUUUUUUCAAUUUGAUUGACGUUGAGGUACAUGUCUGGAAAUCACCCAGUUAAACAAUCGGUAGACUGCGAAAACAUCCGUUUCUCCUCGCUCUUCGCCGCCGGGGAGGUUUCGCGAGGAGGAAUAACGUCUGCGACUCAGGGGCAGAAAUUCCAUACUGAUGACGCAAACCGAUGUUUACAUAAUAAAUCCAGUAGUCAUGGGGUUCCAAAUACAAAUUUGUCCGAUUUUACGUGUCUUCUGGUCGAUUUUUGUAAAGUGUUGUGUUCAUCUGCCAAUGAGCUCCAGCAAAACUCAAAUGCUUCUUUUAGAGAAGACUAUAUUCCACAAAUAUUGACUAUUUUGUUAGGGAUUCUUCGCGUUUACAUUUGACCUUUGUGGCCUUUGUCUUUUGUCUGUCAUUCGUAAACAAUAGCUAAAGCAAGGAAACUACUCCAUCGACCAAUCAGCGCUUCUGACCGGAUUCCGGACAGAUUUUACGUCAUCCGUAUGGAAUUUCUGUCGCUGAGCCGCAGACGUUCCUCCGCGCGAAAUGUUCCCAUCGACGAAGAGCGAGGAGAAACGGAUGUUUUCGCAGGCUAAACAAUCGGUUGUUUAAUUGUUUCUUAAACUAGGGUAAGAGCUGGGUAAUUGGCUACUGCGAAUGAUCAUUAAUGUUUGAGAAAAUUCAAAGCUCUAGUGUUUUGACGUAGCCGGGCUUUCAUCGAUGUCCGAGAGUGUUCUCCAGUUUAUAUGGUAGUUAAAAUAACAUGAUACAGGUCCUGUUCACGCUUUCUCAGUAUGAGUACCAGUAUGUAAAGUCACAUAUCAACCUCGAGAAGUCUAGAGUUUUCCAUGCCAUCAGGUCUCAAGACACCGAAAAUCGUUCCUGUUGCGCUUUAAAAUGUUUCCAAUAUCCUCUUUAAUUGCUUCUUGUCAGUAACUUUCGAAUAACCAAUAAAUAUUCAGAAAAAAGGUUUUUGCAGUGUGCGGUGCUUAUUAGAUCACUGAAAAUCUAAGAGUAAACUAACAAAGGCCAUUGUUAUCCAUCAAGUCUAUUUCUAACCACCUGCCUAACAGUGGUCACCAUUAAACUGUUCCCAGGCUUUCAAACAAGGCUUCUAUGGUGACAAGUACUUGUGGCUUCUGAUGGGAUGGUAUCGAUAUCGUUGGUGGGUAGUGGAAAAAAUGCACUCUGCCCGUGCGUCAAAGCUUCGUUGCAAAACAGAACACGUCACUAAGGCCUUUGGAAACUUUCUUAGCACAACUAUCCUGAGAAUGGGACCCAGUUCCCAAGACAUAAUAGGAAGCGAGGUAAGAACUUACUUGAGUCGUUUAUAAUAUUUUUCAUCCUUUAGUGGAUAAACCUCUAAAUGAAACUUUUUUUGCUAAUAUGGUGGAAUUUAGUCGCUGGUACUCCGUUAAAAUUUCACUGCUGCCCCACCCAUGGAGAGGAGGGGGUUAGUCGUGUACUUAUAUAUGGUAAGGGACAGGUAAGGGACAGACCAUUAGAAAAGUCAUGGGGGGCGAAGUACCAAGAAAAUAUUCAUACAGGGGAAAAUUAAUCAAAGAAGUAAGGAAAAUGCUAACGCAAAAAGUCUUGGAUCAAUGUAGGUUUCUGAGAAACUGCCCACCUACCCUUUCCCUAAGCCAAACCUUUGCCCAAAGUGAGAAGUAAGUGUUAAUGUUAGCUUAGGGGAGGGGUAGGUGGGCAGUUUCCCAGAAACCUAAAUUGAUCCAAAGUAUUUAUGCAGCUCGAAAAUUCCCUGCCCCUGCCAGAACUUUUCUAAUGGUCCGCCCCUUAAGUACCCAGUUUCUAAGGGGGAGUGUACAAUUUUUAAAAGAAGCAUUUAUUGUAUAACAGACAAGCACUAGUUAAGGCAGCUUCGGUCGAGUUUCACAGGACAGUGUGUAACGUUUUUAUGUAUUGUUUUCUUAUAGUGCAGCUUAGAGCUGCAUCAUUCCAAAUUUAAUUCAUUUUCUUUCUCCAGGAAGCGUACCUCUCAUGGAAAGACAAAUAUAAUGAGUUAGGACUUUACUCGGGACUUGCCCAUGACGCAGUUGUUGCCAUGGCUCUUGCUCUAAACAAGUCCGCCGAGACUCUUACCUCAAGAAACAAAACGCUGGAGAAUUUUACGUACACAGACAAAGAAAUGGCUGAGGUGUUCAGGGAUUCACUUUCGAAGGUGACAUUUCUGGGCUUUUCGGUAAGUGGAACAAUGUUUAUCCUCAUUUUCAAAGCUACUGUCAGUUACCCUGAGGAGGCGAGGCUUAGUCCGCUUAGCCUUCAGCUGAGCCUUGAACCGGCCAGGGUCACGCAGUGCCAGCACUCUAUACUUGAUUUGUCACGUGACAUGCUACGAACUAUCCUUUGCGAAAGGAGUUUGGUCUGAAACUGCCAUUCAAUAGACCUAAUCACGGUUCCAAAUCAGGCAAUUGCCAAGGUUUUAGAAUUUUAAAACCUGGAUAGUACAUCCUUUUCAAGGGAUUUAUCUAAAAUACUCUAGACAUCAUUACGAGUAAUGAUCUGUUUGCAGGGACCUGUGUUUUUUAACGAAGAUGGCGAUAGACAAGGGCUUGUGGAAGUCGGACAAAUGCAAGGUCAGACACUAAAUCAAGCUUUGUUGACAGAAAUCUCUAACCAAUGUAAUACAGUAAAAAUUCUUGAAAAAAAUAAGAGCCACCCAAUAAGAGGGCACCAACACCGUAAAUAACAUGCUCUAAAGUCUUCAUCUUAACACGUCGCCACGAUUUUGUCAAAUGAUACCACUUAUUACUACAAGACGUGUGGAUUGAGUCGAGGCCGCAAAAGCGAGCAGUAUUUACAACCGCAUGAGUAUUAUAGUGGGGGACGUUUAGGUUCUCCUUUCUGCGGAGGGAUCUCGUUAAUUUUGCGGGGGAAUAAGGCAAAGUCUCAGUUCUAUCUGAAGAUGAGUUAUUGGUUAUUGUUACAUUUUAGCGUUUUAAAAAGAGUUGGUGUAAACAUUUAUUCAUCCUUAGACGGCCGAGUAAAGAUUCUUGGGAACUACACGAUGGAGGAAGAUAAACUGGUUCUCGAAUCCUCAAAGUUCGUUUGGAAAGGUAAGAAUUGUUACUGUUGUUACUGUUGAAAAGAGGUAGCUAGAUAAAGAAUAACCUCACGCUAAUGCAGCUAUUGCCCCACUCCGUUUACACGCCUUGCAUCGAGUCUUGGUUUGAAAGAGACUUGUUCAAGUAACUUCUUUUGUUUGAUUUUAGGUGGUACGAUUCCAUCUGAUCAAAUGAUGACGGUCGACAGAUUGCUCAAGAUUUCAGUGGGUUUGUUCAGUUUCUUCUGCGCGGUUGAGAUUUUGGGAAUAAUUGUAGCGGUAGCAUUUCUGACAUUCAACAUUUGCCACAGAGACCAUAGGUAACACUAAAAAUUUUUCCGCAAUGCGAACACGUAAUUUAUGGAUUUAUCCAAGGCCAAAGGCGAAGCUCUUGUGGGAUCUUUUGAAGACUCUCUGUUCGAAGUAUUUUAACUAUCUUCACAUGAAUAAGCGAACUGAAUUCCUCCUGAAAAAAAUGGUCGUCAGUCUGGGAUCACUUGAAAACCAAUAACUAGUCAGUGGAGAACUUGAGCCCGACAGUCAAGUGAAACUGAUACCCUAUUUUGGCAGCUGUCAAUUGAACAUGACACGGAUGUCCAAAAUCAAGUUAAAGUGUGACAUUCCACAUCGCUAACAUGAAAGGGUUGAUGCACGAACCGAUGAUUUUGUCCCAACCAAAUUUUCUUGGAUGUAAAGAUGACCAAAUUUUUUUACCCAUUGUGCUCUGCUGUGCCCGCUUCGCGCGCGUGAGAGCUUCGCUAUGAGUGAUGAUUUCUCCUUACUGCAUGAGGGGGAUGAUCAAGGAAACAAGUCAUGAGUUUUUAAACAAUGAUCACCAAAAACGUAUUGCACUGAUUUUCUGCAUUCCUUCCAAUUUACUUGAGAAGACAUCAAUGGAGGCCAGUUAAAAGAAUUUGUGUGUUGAAAUUUGGGCUUAAAGGGUUAUCCACUGUACUAGUGUUUUAAGACACCUAUGUAUAAACGUGGCUUCGCAGGUUCAUCAAAAUGUCAAGUCCCCGUAUGAAUAACAUCAUUGUGGUUGGUGCAAUUCUCAUAUACGCGGCUGGGAUCCUACGCGGGAUUGACGGCAACUUCGUGAGCCCUGGUGUCGAGGCAAUUUUUCGCUGUAAGGUAAGUGUUGGAAACGAUACUGAGGUACUCAUACCAGUUAAAACCGGAUAUACUGGGAAAAUGGAAAAUGCCAGCUUUAACGUUAAAUUGAGCUACAUUGCAAAAUCAACUUAUGAACUUUAAAGCGUUAACUCUUCAGUGGCAACAAUCUGUAGGUUUGACAAUAAAAAAAUGAAGUUUUCGGCGGAUCACGAGCAGCCUGCUGGAACUGUUCAGAUUCUCUAGGCAAUUUAGCCACUAGGAACCCAUGGCCAGUUAAGUUAAACACAGUUGGCAUUUUUGACGGUUUUCUUCAGUUUAUACUAGCAACAACCUUAGCUUUCAAUCAUUUAUGAAUCAUUUCCCCCUAAUCCCCGUUCAGUGAUGACAAUGAUAAACGUUAACACCUCCAACACUAUAGAAAUUCAUGAAAGCAUCAUCACAUAUUCUUUGUUCAUAAAGAUUUUAAGAAGGGAGUGCAAGUAAAAUAAUCAGUGGAGAAAACCUAAACGAAUUGGCCAGGAACCAAUUUCAUAAAACCUAAAACCUAUCGCCCGCAAGUAACUGCUAAGAUCCAGCGUUGAAAUAAAUAGUUUGACUGAGCUGAAAGGCAGCGGUUAGCAGCUACAUCCGACGUAAACAUUUAUGCACUGGCCCCAGGAGAACUUCUAUGCCACUCCUAAAUUUUCCAAAAAUUUACCCAUCUCUUGGGAGCACAGAGAUGGCGCAGUGGUGAGAGCGCUCGCCUCCCACCAAUGUGGCCCAGGUUCAAAUCCUGGCUUCGACGCCAUAUGUGGAUUGAUUUUGUUGUUGUUUCUCUCCUUUGCUCCGAAAGGUUUUUCUCCACGUACUCCGGUUUUCCUCUCUCCUCAAAAACCAACAUUUCCAAAUUCGACCAGGAAUCAGGUAGACGAAGAACCACUUCGUGGAAAUGCUACCUCCAAAUCAUCAUCAUCAUCAUCAUCAUUAUUAUUAUUAAAUUCUGUCAUGUCGUUCGAUUGCAGUUUUCCACUUGGGUUGCCUGUUGUGGAUUCACCCUGGGAUUUGGUGGGAUGUUCCUAAAGACUUGGAGGGUGCAUAAGAUCUUUCUCAAUCGAACAAGGAAAAUGGUAGGUUGAUAGCUAAUACAAGUACUUGUUUAUCUGCUUCUCCGUUUCUAAGCACCACUAUCGCGCGCAGAACUAUAUAGGAUUCUGCAGGGCGUCGUUCCCAAAAACACACCGCGCACCGCAACUCCUUCAGCACUUCUUUCGCAUGGCUCUUUUCCUUCAGCAUUUAACGUGAGAGUCAAAGAGGUUACUGGGGAGAGGGGGCAAGGGUACAAGCCUAGGGUAAUUUCUGUCCCUUAUAUGGGCAAUCCCGAAGGCAAUGAAAAGCUGAUGAUGGUUCUAAGUUGUGAAUCCGGGUACUAAAUCUCAUGGUGUGAAUAUUAAAAUGACGCCACAUUUUGAGGAUUUAUCCACGGUGCAAGUUUUGUUUCAAAGCGAGCUUUUUAGAAACUAACAUUAGGAAUUUCGAAUUUGGCAACGUCAAGAAUCACUUUGCGCGACUUUUAAAAUAACCUUGCAGUUCCUUUAACAACUACAAAGAUAACAAUCAAGCAACAACAAACAGCUUCAAACAAAAGGCCGAACCUUCGACCGUACAAUCGAAUCCACAACCCCAAAGGGGAGGGUUGGGCGCGUUAGACUGCGUUAUUAAGUUUUAUAGGAAGAUUAACCAACCCUUUUACAAUAUAAAGUCUGUGAUGACCGCCAAAAGAUGGUGUACACUCUGACGUCAUUCAGAAUGGCGGCCAUAAAGUCUGCCAUCUUGGAUUUACCUUUAAACUAAAAUGAUGUAAAAAUAACAACCACAAAAGGAAAACAUUCAAAAUGCUUUGGAAUUAAAACUCGUAUUACAGAACUGUUAAUGUAAGUUCCGUGUUGAAGGCUAUUUUAUUUCUAACAGGUAAUAAGUGACUUCCAGUUGUUUGCCCUGCUGGCAUUAUUCCUUUCUAUCGACCUUUUUAUUAUUAUGGUCUGGGAGAUUGUUGAUCCGAUGCACGCCGAGAAAAACUUUACAGGACGCAAAGUACGUAAAGUCGAGGAUAGAUGAAUAUUCUUAGAGCUAUUUUUAAAGAGUUAUCUCGUGGAGUUCCUGUCAACAUUCCCAAAUCUUGAAUUCAGGAUUUUGUAGUUCUAAAAUCUCGAAAUCAAAAAUCAUGAAUUCAGGAUAAACGUGAACACAAGAUUGUAGCGUUCCAAAAUCUUGAAUUCAGGAUUUUGGCAUUCCAGAAUAUUGAAUUUAGGACUUCGGAGUUCCAAAAUCUUGGAAUAGUCCAGUUUCGAAUUAAAAAUUAGCGCUGAAUAUAAACAUUAACGACACAUUCAUGCAGGGUUAGCCUCGACGUAAAGUAAUAUACAUAAUACACAGAGUAAUAAACAGGUCUUUUUCUCGUUGGAAUUUGUGAAUAUAUUACUUCAGAUUGAGGCUAAGGCUGUAAAAAAUGCGUCUUCACUUCUUUAAUUCAGCGGUCAUAGCGAACUCGAAAAUGGACUAUUCAGGAUUUUGGCGUUAAAUGAUCUUUAGUUCAUGAUUUUGACCUUCCAACAUCUUAAUUCAGGAUUUUGGGAAUAAGGUGAGGUAAUACCUCGCUCCUCUUUGGUUCCAAUUCUCUUGAGGCCUUAAACGGUUUCUUGACAGCCAAAGAAACUUCCCAAUAGAGAGAAGUCGUUACGUCACAUUCCCAUGGUAGCAAAAUUUCUGGAUCAAAACAAACCGAAAAUUCACUUAUAAAGUGAAUUCGCCCUUGUUCAAACUUAAUCGAUCUUAUUCAAUUUCACUUAAUCACUUAAUUUGUCAAAUAUUGGCGAAAUAACCCGAAAGGACCCGUAUUUAAAUUGAUAAAAAUAAAAUUUUUGUGUUGUGUUUUAAUACUUAUUCCAUAAAGCACGCGCGUGAAAUUAGGAAGUGUCAUGUCGCAGUCGUGCAACGAAAAAGCAUGAUGCACGUGCAAUGCUGUUGUUUUGUUAAUAUAAACUUAUUGAUUUUUAACUCUUCUCGUUGCUGUCGCCGUCGUCGCUGCUUAAACUCUCUAUAGUUGUGAUCCAGAAAAUGCGCUACCGUGGUAACGUGACGUCACACUCCUACUUCUUUUCAGGAAUACAGCCCUUCAACGGACACAGAGUAUGUACCAUACUAUAUCAAGUGCAGUUCUUCGUAUCCAAGCGUGUGGCUCGGCAUCGUCUAUGCUUACAAAGGCAUCCUGCUGGUAUUUGGCGCCUUUUUGGCCUGGGAAACAAAAAACGUGAAGAUUCAGGCGCUGAACGAUUCACGCCACAUUGGUAUAUCUGUGUACAACGUGUUUUUUCCGUGCGCUCUUGGCAUGACUGUCGUUAACGUGGUUGAUAAUAACCCGGGUGUUAACUACGCAGUGCUCUCAGUUCUGGUCGUGUUUUGCACCACGAUGACUCUCUGUCUCGUUUUUAUUCCAAAGGUAAGGGAAUUGACAAGAUCAUGUUUAAGCAACAAAUGGACCGGUUUUUAAGCAGGGAUCGCAGUAAUGUCAGAAAUGCUUUCGUUUAGCAUUUUGCUGCCACUGUGCCUAGUCAACUUUCACAUACGGGAAAUUGUUUAGGAUUUCUGAAGGCGACUCAACCGGUCCCGAAUAUGUUCAAAGCUUUCCGACGAAUUGUCCAAAAGUGGGAAGUUCCGGGGACAUUGACCAUGUGCAUAAGAACUCAGACCUAUCUCAAGUAGUGACUCCAUAGCUCGUUACCCAUAAAAUUGAGAGAGCUAGCCUGGCUAAAACCAAGACUAUAGUAACUGUUGGACAUGCGUUGUGCUCCUUUUUGUAAUUAAUGGUGAGUUUACGUAACAGGACGGCAGAAAGAAGAGGGCGACAAAACGUUUGUGUGUGACAAACGUGACAGGCCUAAAAAAAUUAUUGUCACGCUUGUCACACAAGGUUUGCCGUCUUCUUUCCUCUCCCUUCGUGUUGCGUAAGCUCACUAAUAUCUAAAGACAGGAGCCCAUUCCUGCUAAAGAAAAACCAGUUUUUCCCCAAUGUUGUUUUCUCUGCUAGAUCACAACAGUGAGGGCAGACCCGCAAGGAAAGAACAGACCUCGCUUUGUGUCGGCUCUGAACAAAACUCCAGCACAAGUACCACAGACUCAACAACAGGAGAGGCAACAUUUGGGACCAGAGGCGACAAAAAAACCAGAAAGGGAAGCCCAAGCCAGAUCUUCUCGGGAAGUGGGAAAUUGCGCCGAUUCUAGUCUACUAUGAGGCUCGUUUUGCGCUAAAUCAUUACAACUGUGGAUAAGUACAAGAUUCUGCAAAACUCUCCACCUAACUACCCCUCCCCUAACUAAACAUUUUGUCCUAAGUGAGAAGUUAGUGCCAACGAUGAUUUAGGGGAAGGGAGGUUAGGUAGGGAAAUUUCCAUGAAUCUUAGACAAGUCCACAUGUCACCCUGCAGACUGGCUAUAUCGCGAGCCACCAUUUGCAACUGGCGAUUUCUGUUUCCGGAUCCUGCAGACUGAAGUUGUAAAAGUUGUUCCUGUAUCGGCAAGGCAGAGCUCUGUAGCUCUGCCAUUGAUUUUUUGUAUGUAUAAUUCUGAUAAUAUUUUGUUGUAAUAAUUUAUUGAGGAGGCCCAUUCCUUGUAAGCCCAGUGGCUUCCCCUGGGCUUCUUCGCCAUUAGCUUUUAAUUGUUUAGAUUUUCUUGUUUUUUGCACAUCCUCAUGGCAAGACAAUAAACUGAAACUUAACGAAGAAGACACUGGAAAAUGCAGAAAUAAAUUUAGUUACUAGCCGCGAACACUUGUGGCUUACAUUGCAAAAACGAUAAAUUGCAGAGAAUUAAGAAAAGGAAAUAAAUUUUAAAAAUCACUUUUUUG